AUGGCAGUUAUCGACAAGAGAAAAUGCUACCUUUUUCAGACUUCGGAUGGAGGGAAUGACGAAAUAUCUGCUGCUGCCAGGGUUGAGUUCCUUCAGCCAUUGGCCGUGAGCUCUAGUGCACGGAUUGCCAACCUGCUUGCAAUUAUGAGCAGUAUUGUUUCGUUGCAUGCCGAAUGCCGAUACGCCACUCUACGCCAGCUCUACUAUGCCAAUAUUAACAUCGCCAAGGGCCAGAGGGUCAUAGAAAGCAGUGUUUCAGCCCUUACGCGACUUCUACAGGUUCCCAGGGAGGGGCUACGCAUAACCAGCACAGCAAAGUGCAUCAUAAGAGGACCAAUUGUAAUUAGAGAAAAGCACUAUAUAUGCUCAAGAAGCGUUGUGUGGCAUCUCAAUCAGCAUUUCAAUUCGCGCGUGCCCGUCUUUUUGUUAACGGAUUUUGAUCCUCAUGGUCUCCUUGUCGCCAUGACAUACGCUUUCCCAACCAGGAAUGCAAAGGGGUUCUCGGAUGAAGCUGGAGCUUUUCAUGGUGUGUCUCUAGUAGACAUGCCAGAGAUACCUGAGUCCAAACGGCGCCUUCUUUCUGGGCUGGAUGUUUUGAAUGACCUGCCUCGCAUGAUAUGGCAAGCUAUUGAGGAAGAACUCGGCACGGACAGCAGCCCGAUAUGUUUUUCUCCUCUAACGGGACGCCCCUCCGUGUAG